CCUACAUCAACUUUCUCCCAAAUUAUCUCUCCAAUUAUAUCCCCCAAAAAAAACAACCUCAAAAAAACAACAAGAAGCAUUCAUGGGAAGUUACUUUGGUGCCGUAGAAUGUUACUCUGAGCAACAAAAACAAACCGAAUUUCUCUCCAGUGCUAACCAAUUUACAGUUGAUGACUUGCUUGUCGACUUCCCUAACGACGAAGAUUUCGUAAUGAGUGAGGUCUUUGACUCGGCCGAUUUUUCUAGCUCAAAUUCACCCGUCUCGGGUGAACCUCAUUUAUCUAGCAAUAUAAGCUCGUAUAGCCUCUCCGACUCUCAAUUCUCGGGUGGUGAACUUUCUCUUCCGUAUGACGAAUUAGCGGAGCUAGAAUGGCUAUCGAGUUUCACCGAGGAAUCAUUUUCGAGCGACGAUUUGUAUAAUCUACAACUAAUCUCCGCCGCAAACCAACCGUUGACCACAACCGACACUUCAUCAUCCGACACAACUAAUGAAUUCCGACAAAAAACCUUGUUAUGGCCAAACAGAAACAUCUCACCCAUAUUUCAAAAUGACGUUUUAGUACCCGGGAAAGUUCGUAGCAAACGCUCUCGCGCCGCUCCUUGUGAUUGGUCGUCACGCCUUUUGUUACUCAAAACGUCCCCGACUUCAGCUGAAGUUAAUCAGGCUAAAGCGGCGACGACAGAGAAUUCGGUUCGGAGAUGCUUACAUUGUGGUUCAGAUAAGACACCUCAGUGGCGUAGGGGCCCAAUGGGCCCAAAAACAUUAUGUAACGCAUGUGGUGUUCGUUUCAAGUCGGGUCGGUUAGUACCAGAAUACCGACCCGCUGCCAGCCCCACAUUUGUACCCGCUAAGCACUCAAACUCACAUCGUAAGGUCAUGGAGCUCCGUAGACAGAUGGAGCUCCGGAACUCACAACAACAACAAUUGAUUAGCCAUAACUCAAAAUUCGAAGGAUGCAACGGCAAUGAUGAUUACUUGAUUCAUCGACAAAUCGGUCCAAAUUACAUGCACAUGAUCUAAUGUUAAAUGGGUCAUGAAAUUAAUUAGCCCGAACCAGUUUUACGUAUUAGCAAUUAAGUUUAAUUAGUCAUCUGAGAAGAAACAAUCCAUUUUCUGAGGAUUUAUUUCAUUUAAUUAGAAUCCCUAAGAAGGAAGAAAAAAAAUAGUUAACUUGAUCAAUUCAUUGUAGGAUUUUGUAACUCAUGUAAUCAGAUUUUACUAAUUGUUGUUCUA